AUGCCUGGAAGUUUUACAGAAAGAGCCCCGUACAGGGCUCCCGCCGUCGGCACGACCUUUGAGACCAUAAAGGUGGAAUCAGAGGAUCUUUUGGGAGGAACUCAAAUAUCGAGCGCCAUAGCGGGCCUCAGCUCAGAGUCCUUGUAUAAACAUGCCCCCAGUGGGAAUCUACCACUUCAAUCUCAUUGCCACGAUGUCAUAGUCCGCGUCAGUCUCGUGGCCUCAAACCGAAUGAUCGAACUUAUACUUAACGAGGACGACCCUCUUGAAAAAGUCUUGCAAGUUGUGAAACCGAGGAUCCUUGCAGUCUACUUUGAAACUUCUGGCUACUUUGCUCCAUACCCUGCUAGCACCCCUGAAUGGACCAUAGACCUCACUUUCGGCGAUCUUUCCCUCCUAAACAUGGUCAACCUCAUCGCCUACCGUGGUGAAUCACAGCAAACUCUUUUGAUCAAAGAUGUCUUCUAUGGGGGCGAAACUCUUGAGCCUCGUAUUUUCCAACUUACAUCGCCCCAUGAAAGCGGUGCGCCAGGGCCGCCAAUCGAAUUCAAAUGGAAUUCCAAAGCCAAGCAAUGGGUUCCACAACCUGCUCCCGGAGAAAUGCUGUUGAUGGAUGCACAAUUGGCCAUCCAUGAAAACAUUCUAUAUACGCCGUUCACGCACGCUAAGGGAUCUUUAUCCCUAACAUCUAUGAAAUUGUGUUAUCUACGAAAUUUGAACGACAGGUUGAAGACCCCCGCGGCUUCUGUCGGAUAUGUUUCUGCAGUCGUAUUUGUUGGAAUUGGAGAUAUCAAAAUGGCGGUUGUGAAGAGUUAUGCUUGGAAGAAAGAUUCCAGUAAAAGUCUAGGGGAGAUCUUGGGUUGGGAUGAUGAUAAGGGUGUUUGUGUGGUUCGGGAUGGAACGGGCCAGGAGAGAACAUUGAAGUUUCGACCAAACCGAUUGGUUUGGGUCGAGGGUUAA